CCCACAAGCAGCAUCCGCACACUCCCAAUUCCCCUCGAGCGCCGCAGCGAGCCCAAGAAGCCGACCGCCGAGCCCCCUCUCCAGUCCAGUCCGCGGUCUCGGUUUCUUGCUUGCCCGGCGCCCAAUCUUCAGAGAGAGCUCCUUCUCGUCGUCUGUCUCCAUGGCCGCCUCGACCAAGACCGUCGCCGUCCUCCUCGCCGCGGUGCUCCUCGCGCUGGUCGCGUCCGCGGCAGCCAGCAGGAAGCUGGAGGAGGACGCACUUCUGGGAAGCCUGGCCCCAGCCCCCGCGCCGGCCGUUGGCGGUGCCGCGGGGCUGCCUGGCGGCAAGCCGGGGGCGUGGGCCGUCGCCGCUCUGGUCUCUCUCGUCGCCUUCCUCGUGAUCUGAGGGCGUGGGGAUCGUGCUGCGCAUCGCGGGAGAUGGAGGGACGAAUCCUGCGAUCUGGAUCGCAGAGAGAGAGGAGAGGGGGAUAUUUAUGUUCGUUCUGUUUGUUCUAGGGUGCCUCUCUUUUGCCUGUAUAAGAGAGGAUCAUGAUUUUUUUUAUAUAAUAAUACCGUUUAUUUGUCAUUCUUUUUAUAAUAU